AAUUCAGUCCGACUUUCAUAUCACCGGCGUUUGGAGCUGAUGUAUGUAUACAUGUGUGGUUGGUUGUUGUUAAAAUGGCAGAGCAACUGGACGAAGAAGAAGCACAGCUUAUUGAUUUAGCCAUCCAAAGAAGCCUUCAGGACAGCACUUUACCCUUCUAUACAAAAUGGAGUACAUUGGAAACGGCGAGCGAGGAAAAUCUGAAAAUUUUAUCAGCUAUAGACCAAGACAUUGAGCCUGGCAAGAUUUGGCCCUGAUAUAUGUGUACAGUGACUUGGCCACAUUGUGGGCAAUGAAUGGGAAAAGAAGCGCAUUUGCAGAGACGGACAGUAGAGGUUGGCUUCCCUUUCACAGAGCCUCAGUGCAGCCAAACGCAGAGAUUCUGGAUGCUGUUCUACUCGCAUCCCAUGAGUUGUGCAUGGAGGAGGUUACAGCUGACGGUGAGACGGCACUGACUCUUGCUGCCCAGGCUGGACAUGUGGAGAAUGUGAAGCUGCUCCUGCAGCAUGGUGCCUCCCCACACAACACGAACAGCAAAAACGAGUCCCCACUUCUGCUAGCGGUCAGGGUUGGCUCCUAUAACAUGGUACUGGCACUGAUAUCAGGUGGUGCGUUUGUGGAGCAGGUGUGUCUGAAAAAGUGGAUGGCCAUUCACGAGGCAGCCAAGGUGGGCUGUGCUGACAUCCUGAUGUUGCUACUGAGGCAUGGCGGGAAGGUCACAGCUCGAGAUGGCCACGGUGUCACACCACUGGGAAUCGCCGCUGAGUUUGGCCACACUGACAUCUUGGAAAUCCUCAUUCAAAAUGGGGGAGAUGUUGCUGCACAGGCCACUAAUGGAGACACGGUGUUAUAUGACGCAGCAGGUUCCGGAAACCUUGACUCCAUCCUUUUGCUCCUUCAUCACGGUGCAAAUCCUAAUGUGGCCAGUUUCGCCUUUCAGCUUCCCAUUCAUCGUGCCGCAUAUGAAGGCCAUUACCUCGCUCUGAAAACAUUGAUCCCUAUCACAACUAAGAGGGCCAUACACCAGUCUGGGAUGAGUCCGGUACACUCUGCUGCCGAUGGAGGCCACGCUUCCUGCCUGAAUUUACUUAUCAAGAAGGGCUUUGAUGUCAACUCUCUUCUGGGUGACCACAUUUCCAACAACUAUAAUGACAUGAGGAGGACAGCGCUGUAUUUUGCAGUGUGUAAUGGUGAUGUCACAUGUACUGAAAUGCUGUUGGAGGCCGGGGCAAAGCCUGAUCUUGACCCUCUGGUCUGCCUCCUUGUAGCAGUUAGGGCCAGUCACUAUGAGCUUGUGCGACUGUUGCUGGCCCACGGCGCUAAUGUGAACAGCUUCUUCACAGCUAUCAGUGACACAGUGUUCCCCACAGCUCUACAAUACUGUCUUCAUGACGAAAUAAUGGUGCGUUUAUUACUGAACAACGGCUAUCGUGUUGAAAGCUGCUUUCAGUGUGACCACAACUUCUGCAUUUGUACACAAAGCUACACAACGAGCGAUGACACUAGCAGCUACUUCAACAAAGUGACAUUUUGUGAUUUCGUCAGUGUGAGCUGGCUGAAGCACCUGGUAGGACGGCUUGUACGCACUCUGCUGGAUUAUGUGAUAGACGUUCCCAUCUGCCCCAAACUGCAGAAGAUCUUAGAGAUGCAAAAGGAGUGGCCUGAGAUCUGUGACAUUCUCAGAAACCCACGCUAUCUGCAACACCUGUGCAGGCUGGUUAUAAGGAAGAGGAUAACCCUGAGAAGACUGAACAAUCCCAGAUUUAUGAGUGAGCUUUCUUUCCCCCCUGCUCUAAAGAACUAUCUGAUCUACAAGGAGUAUGACUUGUAUGGAAGAAUGAAAAUUUGAUUUAAUAUUACAUUAAUUUGGUAUAAAGAAUAUAUGAUAGUAGAAUGUAUGAUAUUAGCUUCCUUCUGAUACUAAUACUCAUGUAAUACUCAUGUAUUAAAAACAGAACUUGGUUAAAGUUGAACAGUGCUGUGUUGUCAUUGAUAUUAAAGUUUAUAUACACCAUAGCAUAAAGAUAUUUAAACUCUAUUUUCAUGGUACUAUACCUUCCUAUGUUAACUCAAUUAGUUUAUUUUCUUUAUUUCCAUAAGACAGUCUAUACAGGAUUCUGUGGAGUUUUUUUGUUUGUUUGUUUGUAAUGCUUUAUUUUGCUGCAGCAUUAAAAAAAAA